GGCGCCUGCUGAGCGGUCGAAGAACUCGACGCGGCCGACGCGGAUGGGUGGUUCCCUCCUUGGCCGAGUGAACGAGAGCGCGCCGCGCUGGAGGGACUGAACGUAGGGAGAGGGUCUGGGAGCCCGAGGGGUCCUCAGUCAGUCAGCUGCUUCCGAGCCUCUGGCUGCCCAGGAAAGAAGAGACGCUUGAGCUUCGGAUAUCAACAGUAAGAGACUGAGAGACUAUUUUAAAGUUCAACAAAUGUAUUCCACACUUGAAAUCUGCUGCUUUCUUCUACCUCCACCUCUUUUAGAGAUCUGACUUCUUAAACAAGAGGUCCAGACAUUACGGACACCCUGUAUGUUUGAUAAAAGAGGAAUCAAAGGUAUAAGAAGAUGUUGGGAUCUGAACGUGGUGUAGUGGAAGAAUGGCUAUCAGAAUUCAAGGCAUUACCUGAAACUCAGAUCACCAACUAUGCAGCAACUCUGCACAGGAAAAAAACACUGGUACCAGCUCUCUAUAAAGUCAUUCAAGACUCAAAUAAUGAGCUCCUAGAGCCUGUCUGUCACCAGCUGUUUGAGCUGUAUCGUAGUUCUGAAGUUCGGCUGAAGAGAUUCACUCUACAGUUCUUACCAGAAUUGAUAUGGGUUUAUUUACGACUUACUGUUAGCCGGGACAGACAGAGUAAUGGUUGCAUAGAAGCACUACUACUAGGGAUCUAUAAUUUGGAAAUUGCUGAUAAAGAUGGAAACAAUAAAGUGCUAUCUUUCACCAUUCCUUCCUUAUCCAAGCCUUCAAUAUACCAUGAGCCCUCAACUAUUGGAUCCAUGGCCUUGACAGAGGGAGCAUUGUGUCAACAUGACCUCAUUAGGGUAGUAUAUAGUGAUCUUCAUCCUCAGAGAGAGACGUUUACUGCACAAAAUAGGUUCGAGGUCCUGAGUUUUCUCAUGCUCUGCUACAACUCAGCUAUUGUUUAUAUGCCUGCCUCCUCUUAUCAGGCACUGUGCCGCAUGGGUUCCAGGCUUUGUGUGAGUGGAUUUCCACGGCAGAAUGAAAAGCACUGGAAAGAACCUUGCGGCCGAGUAGUAUUGGAUCCUGAAUUUAUGGUGCAGCUUCUGACAGGUGUUUAUUAUGCCAUAUAUAAUGGACAGUGGGAUCUUGGCCAAGAAGUACUGGAUGACAUUAUUUACAGAGCUCAGCUAGAACUUUUUUCUCAACCACUACUGGUUGCUAAUGCCAUGAAGAAUUCAUUGCCAUUUGAUGCUCCUGAUUCUUCACAAGAAGGUCAGAAAGUACUUAAAGUAGAGGUCACACCCACAGUGCCAAGGAUUUCUCGGACUGCAAUCACAACAGCUUCAAUUCGUCGUCAUCGAUGGAGGCGAGAAGAUGGCUUUGACUUCUCAAACGAGGCUGACUCGAGUAUUCCUGGCUCCCCGAUCCAACACGGCUCCACAGACCUAGGGAUCAAACGUGUGCAAGAGGGGGAGGUGCUGAUGCGCAGGACCCCUGAGCAUGGCUCGCCGGAGCCCACCUUGGCAGCAGCCACAACAGAGGGUGCUGAUGGUGUAAAUGGAGGAGAGGAGUCUGUGAACCUGAAUGAUGCAGAUGAAGGAUUUUCAUCAGGGGCUUCCCUCAGCAGUCAGCCAGUUGGGACCAAACCAUCAUCCUCCUCUCAGAGGGGAAGCUUAAGGAAAGUAGCAAGUGGGCGUUCAGCCAAGGAUAAAGAAACAGCUUCUGCCACUAAAUCCAUCGAGAGCCCUCGAGAGUCAGUAGCUCGUAAGCAGUACGUACACCAACCUACUGACCUUAGUGUAGAUUCCAUUGAGUUGACACCAAUGAAGAAACACCUGAGCCUACCUGCUGGCCAGGUGGUGCCAAAAGCUAAUAGCUUGAGUUUGAUCCGGACGGCCAGUGCUUCCUCAAGUAAAUCAUUUGACUAUGUGAAUGGCAGUCAAGCCAGUACAAGCAUUGGGGUUGGCAUUGAAGGAGUUACUAAUUUAGCAGGUAGCAAUGCCAAUCGAUUUUCAACUAUCAGUCUACAGGAAGACCGGCUAGGUCAAGCAGGGGAAGGUAAAGAUCUCCUCAGCCCGGGAGCCCCCCUAACUAAGCAGUCUCGCUCCCCAAGCUUCAAUAUGCAGCUGAUAUCACAGGUGUAGUUUUGAAAGUUCCACUUUCUUCUCUUUCUUCCUAUCUUUUAAAACCAAACAUUUCAUUGUGCAAGAAGAAACUUCAUCCCACAGUCUGAAACUACUGACCAUUGUAAUCAGAUUUGAUUUGGUUUAGGUAUCAUCAUACUGUAUUUUGUACUGAAACAGCAAUAAGAUUUUCUUUCCCCUCCUAUUCUUCCUCUCUUCCCCCCACCCCUGGCUCCCCAAAUGUGUUUGUGAAGCAGUAUAAAAUGUAUGCCUUUUUCAUGCCUUCCUUUCUCCUUGGGUGAUGUGCAAUCCAUCGUAGGCUGAUCGGUCCCAUUUCAACACUGUGAGAAUACAGAGACAUUAGGGGAAAUGGUGUAUGUGAUCCCUAUGAAAUGAUUCUUUGGCUUUGUUAAGAAAUAGAAACGGGUUCUCUCAAUGUACAGAACUAUGAAAACUACUGGAUCAUAUUUUUUUUUCCUCAAAACCAGGAGUGCCUCAGAGAUUCUACUAUGACUUUGGACUUCUCUGAGUUUGUGCAAUCUUUUGUUUCUUUGUUUCUUUUUUUUUUAAGAAGUAUGGGAAAAAGAGAUGGGAGGAAAGAGAUCAGACCUGCUUCUGGCAGUCUGUUGCACUUUUUUUGUUAAAAUGAGGGUAGCUCUUUUCUCCCAGCUCUUUUACUCUGAAAAGUUAAACAUUUAGUCACUGAAACAUUCAAACCAAGUUUUGAUCUUCUCCAUUGCAGAGAAGCUUUAAGUUUAUUGUGUAGAUGGUAAUGCACUUUUAAUGGCUUUCUAGCCAUAUUAAACAUAAUGUCUUCCCUCUUUCCUACCAGGACAUAUAGGAUUAUUCUGUCAGUAGGUUAAAGUUUGCAACAAUAAACAAGUCCAAGAAUCCAGAUGGGGUAUCCUAUUUCCUACACAUAAUGAACAGUUCUUGUUUAUGAAUUGUUAACUGAUUCAGGCAAAUGCAUCUUCAGGUAAACAGAGGAAUUUCUCAAGUCAUCUUCAGUGAUACCAGGUUGUUAGUGAAGCCCUCUCAGCUGCUUUCUAGGUGUGCCUAAAUUCAGUCAGAUAUUGUAGAUUAAGAAAUCUACAGUCCUGACAGAUUAUAUGUUUCAUGGAGGUACAUCAGGAACAGAUAAUUUGCUUGGGGGAAUCACUGAAGCUUCAAUGUGACACAUUUUUAUAAAACAAUUUCCCACCAGGGGAUAUUGAAAUGUUUUCUGCUAAAAGGACCAUACUACCUUUUUACUCAUCAGUCUACUGCAGUUUGUGAACAUGUUCAACAUUGAUUUGAAAGUGGUUUCCUUAUCCUUUAGAAAAUUUUGAAAUCAUGUCAGUGAGCUAGAUAGUAAUUGUAUGACUAGCUUUUGGAAAUUGUCAAAGAGGCUACAAAAAUGUAUCAUUCAGACUAUCAGUUCUGAUUUGAUUGAAGAACCAUUUUAGAUAUUACAUGGCCUCCCUGAGUCUUUUGGCUCUGACAAUUAAAAUAGAAGGGAAUAUACUGCCUUUAGAAAACACACACACACACACACACACACACACACACACACACACGUACAUACGUACGUAUCUGUCACUGUACUGUCUUGGAAUCAUAUAAGUUAUCUUCCCAUAAAACAGAGCUAAUAUUGCUGAAUUUUUUAAGGCACUUUUCAUUGAUACUGUGGAAAAAGUGUGUUGGGGAAUUUGUUGAAAAUAGAUUUUCUCUUAAAAUAUAAAAAAGCUGUAAGAACAAUUCUAGAAAUUGAAAUUAUAUUGGAAUUUGACAAAUAUGAGCACCAGGAAGGGCCUCUAGUUCUUCCGUUUUUUAUAAAAAGAAUCCUUUAAUUUUGAUGGGAAAGGAUUUCCUUUUAAACAAUAAAACAAUUGAAUUAUUAUUUCAAGAUAAUGAUUCUGUAAUGUUUUCGGUUCAUAUGCAGAUCGGCAAAUUAGAACCAAAAUCACCUAUACCAUUGCCAAAGCCCAGCGAUUUUAUAUCUACACAUCUGUAUAUGUACAUACAUAGAUGAAUAUGUGUAGUAUGUGUAUGUACAGAUGUAAAUAAAUAUCUCUCAUAUUUAGAUAGUAACUUUUUUAAAAAUUGGUACAUAAUGAUACCAAAUAAACAUAGAAAAAUGAAAAACAUCUGAAAUAAAUGAGAAGGCAGAAUUUUGAUCAUAUUAAAAUUUCAUGUAUAAAAGGAGGGGAGCACUUGUAAAUUAUUGGAAGUGGCGAGUGACUUUUGCAGAAAGAUCUAAUUUCUUUUAAGAGAGCAAAAGGGUUUGUCUUUUGUAAAAUUCAGUAAUUCCACAAGCAUUUGUCGAGUACCUUCAAGCACAAAAUUACCAAGUAUAAAGAGGAGUGUGAAAUGAUAAAUAGGACAAAACUUCAAAGUUCCUUUUUUUUCUUGCUCGAAAUCUAAGAUUAUAUGUGUGUGUGUGUGU